AUGUUCCGCACAGCAGUCCUCCGUUCCGCGGCCGCCGCCACGCGCGCCAUCCGUCCCGCCGUCCAGCAGUCCGCUCCCCUCGCCCGGAGAUCCCUCGUCGCGCCCCAAGCUGCCUUCCGCGCCGCUCCCAAGGCCAUUUCCGUUCGCAUGUACUCUGCCGCCGCCGGCCUGAACAAGCAGGAGGUUGAGGGCCGCAUCUUUGCUCUGCUCCAGGGUUUCGACAAGGUCAACGACCCGGCCAACAUCAAGUCCAACGCCCACUUCGCCAACGACCUUGGCCUGGACAGCUUGGACACCGUCGAGGUUGUCAUGGCCAUUGAGGAGGAGUUCAGCAUUGAGAUCCCCGACAAGGAUGCCGACACCAUCCACUCAAUCGACAAGGCGGUCGAGUACAUUGUUAGCCAGCCCGAUGCCCACUAA